GGUAAGUGCAAGGCUCAAGCGGGCCUGGCAGCCGCCCGGUCAAGCCUUGCCCAUCCCCUGGCCCCGGCACCCAAAAGCAGGGAACAGGAAGCACCCUGCCCCGCCUCCGCCCCUCCAGCAGCCCCUCUGAGCCUCCUUGGGAGCCUCUGGGCUCCCCACUCCUCCACUGCCUGGAGGUCCUCUGCAUCCUGCCUGAUCUGGCCUCCCCCAUUCACUUGGAAGCCCGGGGGUGCUCUGGGCUCCUCCACCCUCCAAAUUUGCCCCUGAGCUGUCUGAAUUCUGCCUCGAGAAUGUCUCCCACGUCCGUCCCUCUUGCCCUGCCCUCUACCCUCUGGACUUGGACAGCGCCCUGGGUUGCUGCCAUCCCAGCUGGGGUUACACCCUUGCCCGAACCUGCUCCUGCUGCAGAAUCGGAGGCUGUGAGAGCAUCCAGGACUCAAGCAGGACCUCCUAGCCCUCCAGGACAGGACCCUGGGCUCAGAGCGGGCUGGACAUUCCCCUCAGGGCACACAGCAGGCUGGGGAGCUGCCCAUGUGGGGUGCCCAGGCCCAGCUCCCAGCACUGGGCCCCACUCCGGAAAGCCUUAGCCUCGGGGAUGGCUCGCUAGGGCACCUGAGGGCAGCUGUCAGCUGGAUGGGAGGGGGCCUGAAUUCCUGCAGAGGCCAAAGCUCUAGGUGCCAAGAUGCUGCAGAGGAGUGUCGAGUCGUCACCCCUGACCCCCUUGGCGCACCACCCACUGACCAGCUGCCCUGUCCCUGCCCCUCAGGCUGUGGGGUCCCCGCCAUCGACCCCAUGCUGAGCGGCCUGUCCAGGAUCGUCAAUGGGGAGGAGGCCGUGCCCGGCUCCUGGCCCUGGCAGGUGUCCCUGCAGACCAGCUCCGGCUUCCACUUCUGCGGGGGCUCCCUCAUCAGCGAGGCCUGGGUGGUCACCGCCGCCCACUGCGAGGUCAGGAAGAGCCACCUCGUGGUGGCCGGCGUGUCUGAUCUCAGCUCUGACGAGGAGGCUGUCCAGGUGCUCAGGAUCGCUGAGGUGGUUGAGCACCCCCUGUGGAACCUGCACGCCUUGCGCAACGACAUCGCCCUGUUGAAGCUGGCCACGCCCGCCCGCCUCUCGGGGGCCGUGUCCCCCGUGUGCCUGCCCAGCACCAACACCAGCUUCCCUACGGGUUCCCUGUGCGCCACCACGGGCUGGGGCAAGACCCGGCACAACGCCCUCAAGACCCCCGACAAGCUGCAGCAGGCCGCCCUGCCCAUUGUGUCCAGCGCCGACUGCAAGUCCUACUGGGGCAGCAAGGUCACGGACGUGAUGAUCUGUGCUGGCGCCAGCGGCGUCUCCACCUGCAUGGGUGACUCUGGUGGCCCCCUGGUCUGCCAGAAGGACGGAGCCUGGACCCUGGCGGGCAUCGUGUCCUGGGGCAGUGGCCGGUGUCUUCCAUUCUCACCAGGCGUGUAUGCCCGGGUCACUAAGUUUGUUCCCUGGAUUCUUGAAGUUCUGAAGGCCAACUGAGCCCCUGUCCAACCCCAGCACCCAUCUGUGCAAAACUCAAAUAAACCUCCUUGCAUCUGCA